CCCCCUUGUUUCCCUCAGACAAUGUCUCAGUUUCACAUUUCCAAAUAAACGCUUAGUCCUCCCACUUUUCUAUCUGUCUCCCAUUAAACAAAAAACCUUUUUCAACUUUCACACCAAUGGCUCCAAGAGACAACAGACUCACCGCACUUCCCGGACCCAACCCGACAACCCAAAAAGAGAUCCGUUUCAGAGGCGUUAGGAAGCGUCCCUGGGGUCGUUACGCCGCUGAGAUCCGUGACCCAGGCAAAAAAACACGUGUCUGGCUCGGAACAUUCGACACCGCAGAAGAAGCGGCGCGUGCUUAUGACACCGCAGCACGCGAGUUUCGCGGCGCGAAAGCGAAGACCAAUUUUCCUACACCUUCGGAAAUUAUGAACAUUAACAACACAACACGCAGCCCAAGUCAGAGUAGCACCCUUGAGUCAGCUUCACCGCCGCCGCUUGAUCUAUCUCUCACACCAUUCUCCGCCGCUGCCGGUGUUACCGUCGCGUUCCCCGUUGCGCGUCCUGUUUUGUUUUUCGACGCUUUUGCUCGCGCUGAUACCACCCUUAGCGUUGGUCGUCGCGAGAUAUGCGGCUUUGACCAUCCCAUGGGUAAUUUCCGACGCGCCGCCGUUCAGAGUGAUUCCGAUUCUUCUUCUGUUGUUGAUUACGAGCGUGUGCCACGUCAGAGACUCUUGGAUCUUGACCUUAACGUUCCUCCUCCACCUGAAGUUGCUUGAUCUGGCUCUGUUUUGAAGCCAAGAUUUGAAAUUUGAAAUUUUUUUAAGUACCCAUUUUGAUGAACGGAAUCACUCUCGAGAAACAUAUUUACCGGAGAGAGAAAGAAGAACGCAAAGUGUGUUGCUGACACGGUGCUCCGAUUUGUUGUUGAUGAUAACGAGCACGCUUUGUAAAUAUAACUGAAAAAUUCAACUUUUUUUUUUUUUGCAACUGAGAACUUAUUAGUAUCUCCUGGUUGUUUCUGCAAUUAAUUUUAAAUCGUGAAAUGAAAUUUUACUAGUUAAUUA